AUGGAUCUCGAUGGCCUGCUUGACCUGGAGGAGAACUUCUACGCCGAGGGGUACGAGCUUGGAGUCAAGGACGGCGAAACUGCUGGCUACAACGAAGGAAGUGUCUUCGCGGUUGAAAAAGGAUUCGAAAAGUUCCGCGAAUUGGGGAGGCUCUAUGGCAAGGGGAUAAUAUGGGCGAAGAGGCUUCCUGGAAGUCAUGGGCUUCUUCAGGCCGCCAAAACUCCAAACAGUGUUUCUGAGAGCUCCGAAAACCAUGCGGCGCAUGAUGGUCUACAUUUACCCGAUCUGCCUCCCAAUCCAAGGCUGGAGAAGCACCUCGCGACGUUCCUCUCCCUUGUGGACCCUUUGACGUUAGUGAUGGAAAAUACGGAAGAGGCUGUCGCUGAAUUCGACGAGAGACUUAAAAAGGCCACGGCCAAGGCCAAAAUUAUAGAAAGGAUGCUGGGGGAAACGGGGAGCACACAUCAGCAUGAGGAUUCACAAGCAAAAUCGGGUCACGCGAAGCAGGCCGCCACUUCUGGCAAUAUUGAAGAUAUCGGGCCGCUCCCCGCGAGGAUGAUGCUGGAGGCUUGA